CCGUAGCGAGCUUCUAGCGUUUCUUCCUCGCCCACUCCACCACUUCUUCUUACCGGAGGAGGUCAGCGCUCUCCGCGGCCGCCGCCGAAACCACCUGAGCGGAGGCGGCCGACUAGCAGUCACUCCCUCCCGUCGCGUUCCCCGUCCAAGUGAGUAGUCUCCUCCUGCUACUGCCCACUUCUCUCUGCUGUGCCCACGAUCUCAGAUCCACCCAGUCCGAUUCCCCGGCACGGUCGAGCCAAAUCGGGAGCCCCGAAUCCCUCUGUCAGCGCCACCGCCGAACCACCAGGCCUCCAACCACCUCUCUGCUGGCCGAGCUCCCCUGCCGCGAUCCCACGGCACCCGAGGCGCACCCGGCCCUUGCCGGAUCCAAGAAGCGCCGAUGAUGAGCGGGAGGAAGAAUGCCGGCAAGGCCUCUUCUUUCUUGCUCGUGCUGAUCUCGGUCGGGUGCUUCUUCGCGACCUACAACUUCCUGACAAUGGUGGGGCACGGCCGGGGCCGGGACGGGCCGCGCAAGAUGCUCGAUCACGACGGCGCUCUGUCCUUCGCCUCCGGCUCCGACCCGUCCAAGAGGUUCCACGUCGCCCUCACGGCGACGGACGCGCUGUACAGCCAGUGGCAGUCGCGGAUCAUGCACUACUGGUACAAGGAGAUGAGGGGCCGGCCUGGCUCCGACAUGGGCGGCUUCACGCGGAUCCUCCACUCCGGGAAGCCGGACGGUUUGAUGGACGAGAUACCCACCCUAGUGGUCGACCCCCUCCCCGAAGGCGCGGAUAAGGGCUACAUCGUCCUCAACAGGCCUUGGGCGUUCGUCCAGUGGUUGCAAAAGGCGGACAUCGAGGAGGACUAUAUACUUAUGGCCGAGCCAGAUCACAUCUUUGUCAAGCCAUUGCCGAACUUAGCUCGUGGUGACCAACCUGCCGCUUUUCCGUUCUUUUACAUAAAACCUACUGACAAUGAGAAGGUACUAAGGAAGUUCUUUCCGAAAGAAAAAGGCCCUGUCUCAAAUAUUGAUCCCAUUGGUAACUCGCCAGUGAUUAUCCAGAAGGCCCAGCUUGAGAAAAUUGCUCCAACCUGGAUGAAUGUUUCGUUAAAAAUGAAAGAGGAUGCGGAGACAGACAAAGCUUUUGGAUGGGUCUUGGAAAUGUAUGCAUAUGCUGUCGCAAGUGCAUUGCAUGGUGUGCGCCACAACCUCCGUAAAGAUUUUAUGAUUCAGCCUCCCUGGGAUGCGAAAACUGAUAACACGUUCAUCAUCCAUUAUACCUACGGAUGUGAUUACUCAUUAAAGGGUGAGCUGACAUAUGGAAAAAUUGGUGAAUGGCGGUUUGACAAAAGAUCAUAUCUUCGUUCACCGCCACCAAGAAAUCUCUCAUUACCCCCUCCAGGAGUUCCUGAAAGUGUGGUCACCCUUGUAAAGAUGGUGAAUGAGGCUACUACAGGCAUUAUAGGGUGGGAUGAAGAAAGAUGAUUGCUGAUUUUUUGCUGGAGACGAGCUUAACUCAGCUGAUCCUGGAGUAGAAUCAGAGAAUCUGAGUAGUCAAUAAUACGAUAGUAUUCAAUUGAUAUUCUCUCGAGCGGAGGAUGGUGGUGGCUAAUUUCUACAUAUUGACAUAGAUUUAGUGGUUGGCAGGAGAGGAUACGUACUCGUUUCAUCAGACAGAGGUGUCAACAUUUUUUGCAUUGUAAAGCAGAAACAUAAGUUCUCUUUCUCACACUCUUGCAUUCUCCUGGUUCAUUCAGUUGUAAAGCCGAAAUGAAGGGUCUUGAAUAUAUGCUCCAAUACUUAUCGUGA